AUGUCUUCGCAGGAUAGGCAAGAGCUUGAUGCUAGGGCAAGGGAAGGAGAGACUGUUGUGCCUGGUGGUACAGGAGGAAAGAGUCUUGAAGCUCAGGAACAUCUUGCUGAAGGGCGUAGCCGAGGAGGACAAACAAGGAAGGAGAAGCUAGGUACUGAAGGGUACCAGGAGAUGGGAAGGAAAGGUGGAUUCAGCACCAUGGAUCAGUCUGGUGGCGAACGUGCAGAACAGGAAGGCAUUGAUAUUGAUGAAUCCAAGUAUCGCUCUUGAACUCAGACCAACUACAUUCGAAGAUGGAGUUCUGUCAGCGUACACGUCGGUGUGAGAUCGAUUUGUCUAGUUGUAGUUAGCAGCAGGUGGUUAG